GGUGGAAAUACCGUGUCACGUGACCCCGUGUUGACGGAAAUGCUUCAGAAAUGGCGAGAAACGAAGAGAAGCAGUGUGGCAGACUCAACAGACUGUGGCUCCAGAAAGAGAGAGAGGAGGGUCGCAUUAAAGAUGUCCACGUGUCAAGGCCAAAGCUUGCAACGUUAAACUCUGUGGCAGCGGUGAAGAAGUGGAUGCCGAGCAUCAAGAAGGAGAUCGAGUACUGUCUGCAGCAGUCGCAGUUAUCUCACUACCCAGAGAGGAAGAUAAAUGAGUUCCAUCAGCAUAUUGAGGAACUGGAGACCGAAUACAAACGUUACCUGAAGAAACUACGCUCACUGGACCCUACCUGCAAACACAAGCCUUGGGAACCUCGAGCAUAUGCCAAGAGGAGGCAGGAUCCAGGCAGCAAUCAAAACACCUCUAAAAAACUGUGCCUCCACAACCCAAGCAGCCUGAGCAGAGAAGAAGAGGAUGUUAAUGAGGACACCAACCCAGAGGAAGCAGGAAACCACAUAUCUCACAGUAUUAUUCAAGAAUUACCCACCCCAUCAGCUCCUGCUCCCACCAGAGCCUCAGACCUCCCAGACCAGGACCUCCCGCUGUGCUUCGAUCAGUCCCGACUUGCUGUGGCGGUGGCCAGUUCACGUGCGGCUCUCGCCGGGCAGCAGCAGGACACGGGUACACUGACACGAGUGCUACUCACCGGCCUGCCCAACCUCCACAGCCUCCCGCUAGCACAGACAGCAGCCAAAGAAGCUACACGUCAGCCGUCCAGUGCUGAAACAGCCCAGAGCAAAACUGAACAUUUACUGGGACUCGGCUGCUACUCGUCGUCUUCAGAUGAAGAGAUAUAGUUGAA